GCCCACCCGCAUGAAUCAGGAAAACAUGGCAGCUUCCACCAACGGCAAUUUGGACAUCUCAGCGUCUGUCGCUGGCAUUUUGAAUGAAAAACCCUGCACUGAACACCUGCAGGUCUUAAAAACAAUCACGACUGCCUUACGGGACAAGGAAUACAGAGAUGCUGUGGAGGAAGAGGCCUUCUCCAGUCUCCUAAAAGUCUUGUCCCGACUGUGGGAUGAGCUGCAGGCUGCCAGCAGUGAGGAUCCGGACCUGCUGUCUGUCACCCUGCAGCUGCAGCUGACGGCUGAGUGCUUCAGGGCUCAGAGGAACGCCUGUGUCCAGAGCACUCGCAACCAGACUCUGCUCAGGGAGCUCGGUUUCACUGAUGUAUCCCUUAAACUGUUGAGCCUCCUUCAGACCACAACUUUGGAGAGCAGAGAUGACAUAUUUGAACCUCUUCGUUGUGGGAUCCAGUUCCUCGGUAACUUAGCAGUUGGAAACCAACUGUGUAAAGAUGACAUUUGGCAGCUGAGCUUCCCCAAUAUCUUGCUGCAGCUGCUCAGUGUUGAUGAUGAGAAGGCGGUAAACUAUGCCUCUAUGGUACUCCACACAUGUCUGGAUGAAGCUAAGGUGGAGGAACUGUCUGAGCCGCAGAAUAUCCAGCUGGCUCUCAGGGUGAUGGAGCUCUGUAGGACCCAACCUGACCUGGACUGGACGGUUCUCAUUGCUACCCAGCAUUUCCUCAAGUCUUCUGCUCUGGUGGAGAGCAUGUACUCUGGGAUGUCUCACCAUGAAAAAGUUACUCUAUUAGAGCUGCUCUUUGCUCAGCUAAGAGAGGAGGACUCAGAGGAGUGUGGCGUCCCUCCCAGUGUGGCUCGCUUCCUUGCUAGUUCCUUCCAGAAAGGUUGUGGAGCUGUGCUGACGCUCGCCACUGGCUCCGCUUCCAGUGAUGAGGUCCUGCAGGAGGCACUGACAGUGAUUAGUUUGCUGGACGUGCUGUGUGAGAUGACCUCAGACCUCAGGCAGUUUAUGUUCCUACAGGACCAUCCUGACCUUCUCAUGACCACUGUUGAGCUCCUGCAGCAGGUACAUGCUAUAGGGAAGGCCAGUAAGAAUAUUUUCAGUGCUGCACAAAACUUCUCCUCCUUCAGUGGAGAUGGAGACUUUUCGUCCCAUUCCCCUGUCAUCAGCUUCAAGGCCCACCUCAUCAGGCUGAUAGGCAACCUGUGUCACAGCAAUACCAACAACCAAAACAAGGUGAGAGAACUGGAAGGCAUCCCUCUCAUCUUGGACAACUGCAACAUAGACAGCAACAACCCUUUUAUCAGCCAGUGGGCCAUCUUUGCAAUCAGGAACCUCCUAGAACACAACCCCCAGAACCAGGAGUUGGUCGCCACCCUGGAACGCCGUGGCACCGCUGACUACUCUGCGCUCAGGGAGUUGGGUUUCCUGGUGGAGGAGCGAGACGGAAGCUUGCUGCUCAAGCCUGUGAGGAAAGACUCUUGAAAACCUUAAGAGGAGCAGCCAGGAGAGAGGAGGCCCCACAAGCAGGUUUUCAUGUGAAAUAUUUAUUAAGAAAGGAAAAAAAGUACAUGUGCACACGUAUACGCUUGUGUGAACAUGUACUCCUGUUGUGCAACAAGCCUCAUUAAUGUUACCUAAUACUUAAGCUUCAUCUGCGGGUGAAUGACCUGUCCACUAACAACAAUUUUUUUUGCCUGUCCAGAAUAAUUGACAGCCAAACCGCUGAUAGAUUAAGUAGAAAGGCGCUUUUCAAUUAGAUAUUUCUAUCCAAGAAGUAUGUAUAACUUACUUUUCUACCUCAGUAAUGCUUGCACUCAUGCCCAGAUGGGAUUUAAGGUAUUCUCAAUACACAAUAGGCCCACGGGGGUCCCCCUGGUAUAUAAGCAGGAGCUCUUGUUUUGUCUUGACCAGAGUCUGGGAAAUGAAGAGUUUGGGAGAGGCGAGCACAUGCUGGUACCUUUUUGGCAAGGCUGAUUCUUUGUGGUUUAAUCCAAAGACAAAGAGCACCACAGUGUCUGGGCUUUUCACUUUUCACAGACACUGAUGUUCCCAGCAGGGGUUGGGGUUUAAUCCCAGGCCCAUAGUGACUUCUGCAGUAACCGCGAAACAGAGAAUGACCAAAACAUGAUGUAAUCAACCCCCCCACCACCACCUUACCUACUUAAAUGGUGGUGUAUUUGCCAGAGGGACAAAGACUUGUGUUUUCCCUCAUUCAAACGCUUAAAAUAACUGCUUAUCUGAACAGGCAUAAUAUUAUUGAUAUAGUCUAAGGACAUUUCAGUGCAAAAUGCAAUACUAAAACGAAUAACUUGAGCUAUGCAUGUUUUGUAAUUUAAAAACAAUGCUCAGUAUACAGUAUGAGCUUGUUACUGUAUCUCUGCUGGCUUUUGCAAUGCUUCUUGUAUUAUGGUUAUAACUAAUGAGUUUUAUACUCAGCAUAGUCUAGUGAAUUUCUUAUAUCUUUUUCUCCAUCGUCUAAUUCUUAUUCUUCUAUUUCUAUCAUCUUCAUACUAUAGAUAAAUAAGGUGUGAGGGCUAAGCAUGCAUCAUAGAUCAUUAACAUCAACAAAACUCACAACAUUUAGUCCAUGUUUUACACCUUAGACCGCCUCUCUUCGCUCUCAGUAAGCUGUAUUUGAGUUUUACCAGACUGCAGAGACUUUCUUAGAGUUUUAGAAAAUACCGUGCUUUCUGUUUAGCUGUAGCUUUGUGUUUUGCGUGUGUGAGAUAGUGAGUCUGGAUCAAUAGAUGAUACUGAAUGUGUACACAUCCAAAAGAGUAAGUGAGCGAGUGAAUGAAUGAGUGAGUGAAUCAGACCAGAAGCAUUAGUUUGCAGAAUGACAUCCCUCCCUGCUCCUCCUGUUGCUGGAUAAGCUGAACGGUCCUGACACCUCAACAAUGCAGCGCUUUACAGGCGUGCCCACACCCUGCUCCACCCUGUUUGCUCUGCUUCAGAUUUUUAAUGACAAAAUGUAUUGAAACAAUCGGCUGGACUCUCCCCUCAAUCCACCGGCAUAGUAAAGGGAGCUUAUGCUGUUCCGGUCCCCAGGAUUUCAGACAGCUAACAAAACAGCUGUUACUUGCGCUCGACUGGCUGGCUGCAAUGCUUUUCAGCCCCACAGGAAAGAGGCUGUGCGAGUCAGCCGGGCUGAAUGAGGUGGCAUGGCCACGGCCGACUGUUCACCUCCUAACACAUUAGUACCACAUCAGUCGAGGCCAGGAGUUCUUGUGUUUCCCAUAUCAGCGUUUUACACCACAGGCCUCUACUAUAUUGUAUUAGUGCCUUCUGGUUUGAUAUUGGCCUUCAGCAAAAAACACGUUGUCAGGGUGUAAAGUAUAUGCUUCAUGUUUGGGUCAAACAAUAUGUUUCUAUAAUGUCUAAUAAAGUAUUGUGUGUGACAAACA